AUAAACGAAGCCAGAGGUGCAGAUUGGAGUUAUUUUAUUAAUUUUUUGUGCUAAUUAUCGUUUUUUUCAUCUUGAUUUUUUCAUUUUUUACGACAUUGGUGCUCAAGUGUACGACGCUCAUAGAUUCAGUAUUUCUUACGGAGAGAUCAUCCGGAAACCAUGGAAGAUGUGAAUAUUUUAUUGGAGGAAGCUGUGAACAACGGUCUCGUCAGCAAUAUCGAGACCUUGAAAAAAAUUGUCACGAAAUUAUCGGGUGUCAAAGCCUCCGACACAAGCACUCUGUCAGAGAAGGACAUAAACAACUGGUUAUCGUUCUUCCUGCCUCUUGUGUUCAAUGAAAGUCCUGAAAUUCGCGCCGAAGUGAUUCGUGGUCUGGAAUUACUCAUGCCGCGUCUUCAUCAGAGCCCGUAUCAAGCGUAUUCCGUGUGGCAAACUGUCAAAAAGGACAUUAUUGAGACUUAUACGAAGCGUGUUAAGGAAAUGUUCAAUAGCAAUGACCCGCAAUGGCAUGUUAUUUGCAAUAUUUUGCUCAAUAUUCUCGAUAGUGUGAUCGCGAAUAGCACAGUGGCGAUCAAUACGUUCCUGCCGAUCAUCGAGUUGGCGUUUCGGAGUGAAAAUUUGAAAUCCCGAGCAGAUGCUUUCCUGUGUUGGAAAGAGAUGAUCAAGAUUUUCGUGAGAUACAAUCAAAUUGGGGAUCCAAAACGGAUAAAAUUGAUUUGUAUUCCGCUGAAAUCGUCGAGAUCGAAGACGAAAGAGAUCGCGGAGAAUAAAUUCGAUGUUUGGUGGACUCUGAUUCAAGCGCUCGGAGAUAAAUUAAUCGAGCAUACGCAUUUGAUUGAAUCUUUUGUCUACUUCUGUGUUGGACCAUUUGGGAAGCAGAAUGAACCUUUGGGAUCAUAUUUGGUAGAGAAAAAUGUUCAUCUUGCAUCGCCGGGAAAAAUCUUUGACAGUAUUCGCGACUUUUCGAUAGUCGCUCUCGCCUACAUGCUCGGCAAACCCAACAGAUCCAUCCAACGGAUGGCGAAACAACUCAAAAUUACGUACCUGGAAAAUUCAAGCAUCGUAACUGAAGCCAUUUUCGACAAAAUUGGUAACACUCUUAUCGCUGCGUGCAUCGAAACGACAGUUCUUAUCUCAAAAGUCAGUGCAAAUCAGCAGGAACUCAACGACUGCAUCUGGAGCUCCCUUUUAUCCUUCAUCACAGACAAAAAUGCCAUCAAAUAUCGUCGUUUCAUCCUCGACAGCUUGCCGUUGUACAAAAAACUCACGAAUUUAAUGUCUGCCGAAUACGUCGCUGUGCUAAAUCAACUUGUGACGAGCGUUAUUGUCGCUUGUUUCAGUCACACGCCUCUCGUGAACGAAGCUGGCUCGAACGAAAUCAACGAAAUGGUCGAAAUUUGUAAUUUGUUUGUCGAUGAAUUCAAGCCGAAACAAAUUUCGAGUCUCCCGAUCGUCAUUAAGGCACGUUUGAAGUUCGAAACGAAAGCAAAAGCGACGACAAAUAGUCCCAAAUUGACGAAUAGCGCGAAAAAGAAGGAAAAGGAAGAGUUCGUUGCCAUUCCAAAUAUUUGGAAAUUUAAUCCAGCGACGUUGACGGAACAUCAACGAGAGAAAAUGAAAGAACGACGCACGGAUAUCCCCUCGUUAUAUGACGGAAAUAGCCAGAGUUCGCAAGAUACGGAGGUUAAACCGUGGAAUCCGAAGCAAAUUGUCAUUCCGGGAGACACGAGUAACGAUACUGUGGUUGUUUUGAACGACAAUAGCAAUUCUGUGACACCUACCAUCACAAAAUUAUCCAAAAAAGACUCGAAUUCAGACGAAAAUGCGAAGAAACCAACAGGACCGAGCCCGAGAAAAGCUCUUACGCGUUCGAGUAUCAGUCCAAAGGUAGAAAAUAGCCCGAAAAAGCAAAAAAUUGACGAAACCCCUACCGAAAAUUCAUCAGAAACGACUCAAGAAGUGAAAGAAGAAACAAAAUCUCCGAAAGAGAAUGAAGUAGCAAAAGGAGCUGCUCGUCGAAAAGCUCCCCCGAAGCAAAAAAAACCGAAAGAACUUCAAAAUUUGGCGAUUGACACGGUUGAAGGCAAAAAAUUAAUGGAAGAAUUGCAAGGAAAGCCCGAUAAAAAAGCAACUCGUCGCACAUCGAUCGAUCGGGGCGCCAAACGAAUCGAACCAACGUGGAAACAAAGCCUUAUUCCGCCGAAAAAGACGAGAAAAGGACGUGCUUCACUCGACACACAAGAAGAAAAGAAGGAAGAAAAGGAUUCAACGACCGCGAAGAAAGUUUUGACACAACAAAACGAAAAUAAACCACAAAAAUCUGAAAAAGUACAAAAAUUGAAGGACAUCACAGAGGAAGAAACUCAAAAAUCUACCGAAGGAGACGAAGAAGAAGUUAUCCCAAACUCACAGGAUCCGUUAAAAGAUCAACUUGAACGUCGUCGUUCACGUCGCGAAUCAUCAUUCAUCAACAAAUCCGCCGUUUCAACCCCGAAAGAGGAAAAAACUGAAGCUGAAAAGAAAGCGGAUGCCACUCGCAGUAUCAAUUUCGAUGAAAUCCCGACACGAGCUUCAACUCGCAACAGUCCCCAAAUUCGUUCCCCGAUGAAAAUGGAAAAAACUCCCGAACGACCGACUUCAGUUCAAGCAAAUUUGCCUCCUGCGAAGAAUUUGACUCCGAUAAAGACGCCCGAAAAACUCGUUGCUACCCCAACAGUUCGUUGCAGUCCUCGCAAAACAGAAAAUCAACCAGCUGCAGUCGUUCCUCAUCCAAUAAUUGUUUCUGCCAAGUCGACAUCGCCCACGGAAGGAAGUACCGCGAACGGAGCUGAUUUGGAAGUUUUGCGUCGGAGCCCGAGAAAAGUUGGCGAAGAUCAACCUGUUGCCGCGCAAAUGUCUCCGUUGAAGAUCACGGUGCAAGAUUGCCUGAAACAAGAACUUGCUUCGCCCACAGAUCGUCGAAAAAGCCCGCGAAAAAUCUCGCCAGCGAGCCCGGAUCACUCCUCGAAAGAAACUCCUUCGAAACUGCAGAAAAAGGCGGAAGAGGAAGACGUUGAUUAUCAAAUUGACGAACCUGGAUCGUCAGAUGACAACAACGAAAAAGACGAGGAAGGAACGCAAACGUUUUUGGGAGAAAUUGUGGCGCCAACUUCGCCAACUCCCGAUUUAGACGAGAAAAUGGACCCGAUUGACAAGUCAAUGACGAUCCCCUCGUCGCCUGAUCAGUCCUUUAAUGAUGAAAAAACGAGCGAAUUUUUGAACAACACGAUUGACAUUUCGCCCAUCGCUUCGGGAAAAUCUUCGCCUGUCACGAGACUUGCAGCGAAAAAUGCCAACACUGAAUCGCCGGCGUCGCCUGAAGGAAGAAAAGUUACGAGAUCGACGGCAGUUGUGCAAGGCAUUGUUAAUUUGGAUUCGCCGAAGACGUCGAAUGUGAUGCAGGGAGGACGAGGCGCUCACAUGAUGAGUAUGGUUUUUAAGCAAUCGUCGACGCCUGUGCAACAACCGACAACGAGCAGAUCUUUCAGUAUGGCGCCUCCGAAGAAUUUGCAAGAAGCGAGGGAUAUUUUGGUUUUUAGUAAGACACUGCCGGCGCCAGAUGCGAGUCCGAGUGCGAGCAUUUUGAAACGCAAAAUGGAAGAUAGUGUGGAUGAUAUUGAGUCUCCUGCUUAUAAGCGCAAACGAGUGAGUUUCCAUGACCCGCCAGUAUCUCUAACAAAAGAAUACAUUCGUCACGAGGAAGAAAUUCGUUCGCCAUCUAUUCGCCCGCCAAUCAAUCGUUGUCUCCUCAUGGCAGCAGUUGCCCAACAAAAGCUCCAAAACACAGGAAAUCGUCGUUUUACAACGUCAGCUGUCAAAACCGACGCAUCUGGAAGUCCCGUCGCCCAAUUCCGUUACACAUUAAAACGCAAAAGUAAACGCGAAUCCACAAAUGACCUCCGCAAGCUCGAAUUAUCGCAAAAUACGGAACAGAUAUCGUCCCAAUCUUCCUCAAAUUCAUCGACAACAUCAUCGUUGCCCGUUCCCCAAAUUCCCGCAGAAGAUGCAAACACCACAAAUGACAUGAGUACCUUAAUUCUCAACGAUCACAGUACAAAUGGACCUGCUGCGAUGGAAACUUCAUAUGAAAAGCCCUCGGAAAAGGACACUUCAAUACGUUUCGGCUCGAAAUCUGAAGUGCUUCAAUACGUCAUGAACACGUACCAACUCGAAGAAAUUCUCGAAACGUACUUUGAGCAAAAAAAGACUCCGAAUCCGAAAGCGGUGCGAAUUAUGGCACGCGAACUCUCGAACCAGAUGGAAACCGACAGCAAAUUACGUUACAGCAUCCUCGAUCGCUUAUCGGAAAAACAUGCUUCGGAAUUUCUUGAACAUGCAAUUCAGGAAAAUCCCUCGAAAGCGAUCUGUGAACGUCUGACGUUGCCCGUUAUCUUAAAUUAUGUCAUGGAAAAGGCAGGAAAUGAUGCCGGGACGAAGCUACAAAUCCUGAAAAAGUUCGAGUCGUUCGUGGGAGGCGACGAACAAACGCCCAGCUUGUUGACAAAACAGGAAUUAAUGACAUUCAUCUUGAAUUGCAUGCCCGAGGAACUCUCAAAUGCCGAAACAACUCUCAUUUUGGACGAAAUCUUCGGCGAUAAAUCACCCGCGGAGAUUUACGAGACAAUGACAACUUACUUUAAGAAGUAUUUGGUUUAAGUAUUUGACAAAAU